AUGGCUUCUCUUGCUCGUUCUGCUUCAGUGUCUGGUGAAGAAAUCAGAGAAGAGGAUAAUCGUCGUCCUUUUGAACUCUUUCUAGAGGAUACUGAUCUUGGCCUGGAGUUUACUCCUCUCUCUCCUCGACCUCGUGCUCCUAAUAUAACACAACCAGUUUAUACCGGAUUUUUAUCUGCUCCAUUUCUGACAUCUAAUGUGGGAAGUAGUGUGAUUGAGAAGGGAGGUCGGCGGAUUGGAUUUGAUCUUGACUAUGAUGAGAAGGAUAGCAGCUAUAAUCGGAUAAAGAGUCUAGUGACAGAGGAGCUCAAGCAGUACUUCAGACCAGAGUUCCUGAACCGGUUGGAUGAGAUGAUUGUUUUCCGGCAGCUCACAAAAUUGGAGGUGAAGGAGAUUGCAGACAUAAUGUUAAAGGAAGUCUUUGUCCGGCUGAAGGUCAAGGACAUAGAGCUUCAGGUGACAGAGAGGUUUAGGGACAGAGUGGUUGAGGAAGGUUAUGACCCAAGCUAUGGUGCAAGGCCAUUGAGAAGAGCAAUAAUGAGACUUUUGGAGGAUAGCAUGGCAGAGAAGAUGCUUGCAGGAGAGAUCAAGGAGGGAAACUCAGUUAUUGUAGAUGUCGAUUCCGACGGGAAAGUGACUGUGCUAAAUGGAAGCAGUGGUGCUCCUGAACCUGCAAUUCCUUUGUAACCUGCCAACACUGAUCUCCCAGCAGUAUAUGGCUUAUAUCUUUAUUUAUAUUUUCUUUGGUCGAA